UUUGCAAACACUGCAAAGACAUGAGGAGAGCCGCAUUACUCUGGUGGUGCCGUAUUGAAUGAGGUUUGGCUGCACUGUGCUGCCGUAGAACACUGGAACGCCCUCCUAGUGACAGUCUAACAUGGCUGCUGUGGCAAAAGCGUAGAAACUCAGAACACAUUUGCUCUCCAGCUCUGGGCACUUAGUUCAGGGUGAAGAAGGGCGGAAAGAGACGCCUUUUCAAUCCCACUUUUUCAGGAAACUCAAAAAGGUAAUUUGUAAACUGAAUUCUUACGACUGACGCUUUCGUAGCCUGUGCAAAACUAGGUACAACAACAAAAAAAAAGAAAGGAAAAAAAGAGACAAGUCCUCUGACUGAAGAGUUUCCUUUAUGUGUCUGUGUGCUGAUGGGCACUGACGAGCAGUAUCGCUUCACGAAAAGGCUGGUUACAGCAACAGCUUUGCUCCCAGGCACGCUUACAAACGUGUGUAGGACCAGGACAGUGUACUGAGGACCACACUUCACUGGAUACGUUUGGGAAUUAGCUUGGCAGGCAGAAUGUUUCCCGUAAAGCCUCUGAAACCAACUUUCAAAUCCUACCUCCCUCCCCUGCAGACAGAAGUGAAGAACAGUCCCCAGCCAACUGUAAGGAAGUUAGAAGCAAAACUACUACCAGGGGAGAUUGUUGUCAACGAAGUUAACUUUGUAAGGAAAUGCAUUGCGACUGACACAAGUAAGCAAGACCUUUGGGGGAAACUGGUCUGCACAAACUUCAAGAUCUCCUUCAUUACUGAUGAUGCAGUGCCUCUUCUGAAAUUCCAAUACAGAAACAAGCUUCUAGGAGAACAUGACAUUCCCUUAACCUGCAUAGAGCAGGUGGUGACAGUAAAUGACGCAAAGAGGAAGCAGAAGGUGCUCGGAUCAAACCAGAAGCUCAAGUUUAAUCCCACCGAGUUAAUAAUCUACUGCAAGGACUUCCGCAUUGUGCGCUUUCGUUUUGAUGAAGCCGGGCCAGAGAGUGCAAAAAAGGUAACCCUAUUGUUCCUUGUGAUGAAAACAUGGCCAUAGCUGAUGGGUUAUAGU